ACCUACCCUAACCGCCGCCGCCGCCCGCCGUCCUUUCCUGUAUAAUAAAACCUCAAAUCGUCUCUCUCCCGUCCUCCCCUCCACCGCCGCAGCCGCCGCCGUACCUCCUCCUCCCGCGCAGUAGCCACCGCCACCGCCGGAAAUGAAGACCAUCCUGGCCACGGAGACGAUGGACAUCCCCGAGGGGGUCACGGUCACGGUGGCGGCCAAGCUGGUGACGGUGGAGGGGCCGCGCGGUAAGCUCACCCGCAACUUCAAGCACCUCAACCUCGACUUCCAGCUGCAGGACGGCGGUCGCAAGCUCAAGGUCGACGCCUGGUUUGGCACCCGCCGAACCAUGGCCGCCAUCCGCACCGCCAUCUCCCACGUCCAGAACCUCAUCGCAGGCGUCACCAAGGGUUUCCGCUACAAGAUGCGGUUCGUCUACGCUCACUUUCCCAUCAACGCCUCCAUCACCAACGCCAACUCCGCCAUUGAGAUCAGAAACUUCCUCGGGGAGAAGAAGGUCAGGAAGGUUGAUAUGCUUGAAGGUGUGACCAUCUUGCGUUCAGAGAAGGUCAAGGAUGAGCUUGUUCUUGAAGGCAAUGAUGUUGAGCUUGUCUCUCGCUCCGCUGCUCUCAUAAACCAGAAAUGCCAUGUCAAGAAGAAGGAUAUCCGGAAGUUCUUGGACGGUAUCUAUGUGAGUGACAAGGGCCCCAUCUUUGAUGAGCAAUGAGCUGCCCUUUGUUCCUGGCUAGCAAAAGCCGUGUUAGGCUGUGGCCAGUAGACUGUUUGCGGAGUGGAUGUAGUUGGAAAUAGGAGAUGGGAUGAGUAAGGUUGCUGGAGAUAAGCUUUAGCAAGAGUUUAUGAGAUGGACCUUUAUUUUGUGUUGUGUUUUUUUUUUGUUUGAGUUCAGUUAACUACAUCUUUGCAAGUUGGUUGGAUCUGAAGUUCUGUACUGUCUUAGGAUGUUAUUAUGUAACCCGAGGUGGACAUUGUUUGUGAUCAUAUUCUUCACCUAAGUACCUC